AUGCGAAACUCUUCAUCUUUCCUCAACAAACAAGCCAUUCACGAUCCCUACGAGAAGCCGGACAGGUACGGAGAGACAUCGAAGGGCGGGGUAUUCGUUGCCAAGAUGAAGGACAGCUGGGCUUCCCAGACCUCGAGGUCAAGAUGGCUCAAGAUGGGCGCCAUCGCCAUGCUUGUCAUCUGCAUGUUCUACUGGCUCGCUCCUAGCGGUGUCCGCCUCUCCAAGCAAGUGGCCACCACCGACGGCCAGACCGCGUCCGACGACAGCUAUGGAACCGACAAGUGCACAAAGUCGUAUUCGCGCGAGAAGCCCCUGGUCCAGUACGUCCUCAUGAUUGAUGCCGGCAGCACUGGAUCGCGCAUCCACGUCUACAAGUUCAACAACUGCGGACCCACCCCCGAGCUCGAGCACGAGGAGUUCGCCAUGACCGCCAAGGAGGUCGGCGGCCUCAGCAACUUCAAGGACAGCCCUGUCGAUGCCGCCAAGAGCCUCGACCCCCUCCUCAAGGUUGCCCUCGACUCCGUCCCCGAAAAGCUCCAGGGCUGUGCCCCCAUUGCCGUCAAGGCCACCGCCGGUCUGCGCAUGAUUGGCAACGAAGCCGCCGAUGCCAUCCUCAAGGAGGUCCGUAGGCACCUCGAGGUCGACUACCCCUUCCCCGUCGUAUCUGAGGAGAACGAUGGUGUCGUCAUCAUGCCCGGCUCCGAGGAGGGAGUUUACGCCUGGAUCACCACAAAUUAUCUGCUCGGCAAGAUUGGCGGCCCCGACCACAGCGAAACGGCUGCCGUCUUCGACCUCGGCGGCGGCUCCACCCAGAUCGUCUUCGAGCCUACCUUCAAGGGAGCGGCCGACGGCGGCAUGCCCGAGAAGCUGGCCGAGGGCGAUCACAAGUACGAGCUCGACUUUGGCGGCCGCAAAUUCGAACUGUACCAGCAUUCCCACCUGGGCUACGGCCUCAUGUCCGCCCGCAAGGCCAUCCACCAGACCCUCGUCGCCGACGUUGCCGCCUCCAAGGGCGCUACCGAUGACACCUGGAUGUCCCAGCCCAUCGUUCACCCCUGCUUCUCGGCUGGUAUGUCGAGCGAGAUCGACGUGGAGUAUGACGGCAAGAACCGCAAGUUCAGCUUCGUCGGCCCCUCUUCCUCGUCGUCGGCCCAGUGCCGCAACCUGGCCGAGAAGAUCCUCCAGAAGGAAGCCGCCUGCGAGCUGGCCCCUUGCUCCUUCAACGGUGUCCACCAGCCCUCGCUCGCAAAGACCUUCUCCCACGCGGACGUUUACAUCUUCUCCUACUUCUACGACCGCACAAAGGUCAUCGGCAUGCCCGACUCCUUUACCCUCCGCGAGAUGCAUGAUCUUGCCGGCACCGUCUGCCAGGGCAAGUCUGGCUGGGACGUCUUUAGCAACAUCCCCGGAGCCAUCGACGAGCUGGCCGACCGCCCUGAGCACUGCCUUGAUCUCAACUUCAUGCUGGCCCUGCUCCACACCGGCUACGAGAUGCCCCUUGAGCGGGAGGUUAAGAUUGCCAAGAAGAUCAAGAACAAUGAGCUUGGAUGGUGUCUUGGUGCCAGUUUGCCUCUUCUCCAGACCAACUCGGGAUGGAAGUGCAAGAUUACCCAGACUCAUUAA